AACAUGAACUGCGUGGCAAGGUUGUCUGGGUGACAGGAGCUUCAAGUGGAAUCGGAGAAGAACUGGCUUACCAGCUCUCCAAGAUAGGAGCCUUGCUUGCCAUCUCUGCAAGAAGAGAGGACGAGCUGGAACGAGUGAAAAAUAAAUGCCUUCAGAUUAGCAACUUGGGUGAAAAGGAUAUCCUUGUUCUGCGUCUUGACUUGACCGACAGGAGCUCCCAUGAAGCUGCAACCAACAGUGUUCUCAAGCAUUUUGGCAAGAUUGACGUUUUGGUCAACAACGGUGGACGCUCCCAGCGCUCCCUGUUCGUGGAUACGAACCUGGAUGUCUACAGUGCCAUAAUAGAACUCAACUACCUGGGUACGAUCUCUCUGACGAAACACGUCCUGAAUCACAUGAUCCAAAGGAGGAGAGGAAAGAUCGUCACUGUGAGCAGCGUGAUGGGUAUCAUGGGAGCUCCUCUUGCCUCUGGGUACUGUGCCAGCAAGCAUGCUCUGCAGGGUUUUUUUAAUUCUCUUCGGACCGAGCUGACUGACUACCCUGACAUCAGCAUCAUCAACAUCUGCCCAGGACCUGUCCAGUCUAAGAUUAUACAAAAUGUCUUCACGGAGAAUCUUGCAAAGUCCAUAGAGAACAGCGGUGACCAGUCCCACAAGAUGCCAACCGACCGCUGCGUGCGGCUCACCCUGGUGAGCACGGCCAACGACCUGAAGGAGGCCUGGAUCAGCGACCACCCCUACCUGGCCGUUUGCUACCUCUGGCAGUACGCACCCACCUGGGCCUGGUGGCUGAUGAACAGGAUGGGCAAGAGGAGGAUACAGAACUUCAAGAGCGGAGUGGACGCUGAUGCCUCUUACUCAAGAAAGAAGAAGUAAGGACAACCGUGUACAAAAUCCUGCUGCUCCUGUGCUGAGGCUGAGAAACUUUUUUCAUGUUGCGUGACUGCAAAGAAAAGCUUUUUUUUAUCUGUUGUACCUCUGUCAUCAUGUGCCUUGACAAAUCUACCAAGCUGUACACACACGACUAAAUAAAAACCUCUUUCUACACAUCCCUGCUU